AGACUGCUGUUUGGUAAACCGAGUUAUUUUUAGAUUCUUCUUUUUCUUUCUUACACCGAAAAAAGCGUCAAACUUGAAACCAUGAGUUUUGAUAGCAUUCCUCCUAAAUCGGAUGUCAUGGGCUGGGAUCCACCUCACUUAGCUGACUUUUUGAGACGGCAAAAUAUGACUGGAUGUGAUAAGGUUAUCCUGAAACAUGGAAUAAAUGGGCAGAGAUUUCUGAAUAUGACUGAUAAUGACCUUCAAAAGUUCCCCAAACUACAUGCCCCACUCAUCUCCAAAAUCUCACGGGAAAUCAACAAAAAAGAGGAGAAGAGAGGAUUUUUCCAAUUAAGAACCUCUGCACCCAAGUAUCAAGAAGCAGAGUUGCCUGUGGAGGACCAAGGAUGGGGUUCUGAAGAGUUUGAAAGCGAUGAUGAUUACGAGAGUCCGAAUUCAAACGAUGAAGGAGAAGGCAGUGGUGGAGAUUAUGAAUCAGCAGCAGACGCUGGAGGGGACAGCGAUAAUGACUACGAGCCACCUCCGAGCGAGCCGUCUGAUGACCUGCAGCAUCACCAAAUCUGUGCUGCCAAACACAGCAACAGCGAGUACAUUGACCGGUCUUCAGUCAAAAGCCAGCCACCAGUGCCACCAGCACGGCCUGGGCCUGGAGCUGGUCCUCCCCUUCCUGCUAUGCACCGUCCAAAUAUUGGUGGAGCAUUCUCAAGGAAAGAACAGUCCCCUCAACGAAAUCCGAGGCCUCCACCUCCUGAUCGCAGUAAAAAACCAGGGACACUGGAAAGAGGAGCGAAUAACAAAGGUACCUCAAAUGAGAGGAAUGUCAAACCGCCGAUGAGGAAUGCUUUGGAACCUCCAAUGAUCAAACCUCCUUUACCAGCUGGAGGGGCUGGAGGGGUGCGGAGAAGUGCCUCCUCUGUGACUCCUGGUCAAUCUUACAACAAACAUUCACCUGAUCCCAGAAAUGAGAGCUUAGAUGACGGUGCCAGGUCCAGCUUCACCUUUCCUCACUCCAAACAUGCUAGGAAUCCAUCGCCGAGACCACACGGACUUGGAGGUCUACCUGACAAUAUUAAUCUGACUGCAUCUCUUCCAUCAAGACUGCACGAUGGAUCGAAAGGGGGGAGCUCAAGGAACCCACCACAACAACCAAUGAGGCCUAAUGAACUGGAUCAGGGCAUGGACAGUGCAUGGUAUGUGGGACAGGUUACACGUGGUCAGGCAGAAGGCAAUCUGAGACACGUAAACAGGGACGGAGCAUUCUUGGUACGGGAUAGCUCGAAAGGAUCGGCUACCCAGCCUUACACACUCAUGGUUCUUUACCAGAACAAAGUCUUCAACAUUCAGAUACGCAAAACAAGGGAAGGCUUCCUGCUUGGUACUGGCCUUAAAUCUUCGGAGGUCUUUUCAACUGUCAGUGACAUUAUCAACCAAUACAGACAGAUGCCACUGCUGCUUAUUGAUGCUAAAAACCGUGGAACAGGACAACAAAACCAGUGUGCUCUGCUUCAUCCUGCUGGAUUUUGACUCUAAAGGACAACAUAACAGAGCAGCCAGUUAGAUCACACUUGAUAGGGGAGAUGAUGUAUGUUUCUGUAUGAUUUAUUUUUUAUUUUUUUGCUGUCACAGGAUAUACAUCUACACUAUAUGGACAAAAGUACUGUAUCUGGCCAAACCUGCAAUGACAUUGUAUCCAAAUACAUAUACUUCAAUAUGGAGUUGGUCCCCCUUUUGCAUUUAUAACAGCUUCCACUCUUCUUGGAAGGCUUUGACAGGCCACAUGAUUUUGGAGUGUUUCUGUGCCUAUUUAUUCUGUAGAACAUUUAUGAGGUUAGGCACUGAUGUUGGACGAUAAGGCCUGGCUCGCAAUCUCUGUUCCAGGUCAUCCCAGAAGUGCUCGAUGGGGUUGAGGUCAAGGUUCUGUGCGGGGCAAUCAAGUUCUUCCACACCAAACUUGUCAAACCAUGUCUUUAUAGUCCUCGCUUUGUGCAAUGGGGGACAGUCAUGUUGGCAUAGAAAAGGGCCUCCCCAAACUGUUGCCACAAAGUUGGAAACAUAGCAUUGUCCAACAUGUCUUGGUAUGCUGAAGCAUUAAGAUUGCCCUUCACUGGGGAUAUGGGGCAUAAGUGAAACACCUAAAUUCAAUAAUUAACAGGUUUGACCAAAUACUUUUGUCCAUAUAGUGUGGUCAUGGGAAUGUGUGUGCUGUUCUUUACAGCUUGAUGAAUAAAAGUAUAUAGAGAUAUGUACUUUAAGAUAGAACUGGAGACUGGAUAACCAAAACAAUCCAGAACAAGUAACCAAGUGCAUAUUGUCAGUCAUGGAUUGAUAUAAAUUUAUGAACAUAUUAUUUUCUGAUUAAUCUUUUUAAAUAUUUAUGUAUUUGCAUAUAUAGUCGAAAAAAAAACAGAAAUGCUUGGAUGUGUUAGAUUUUUUGGGGGCUUAAAUAAAAUUCUCUGCAACUCUAA